AAAUGACAAUGAUUCUUAAUAUGUACCGAUAAAUUAUAUCGAAAUGAAAACUAAAGAGGCCGGACUCAUUCAGAUCGAUAGCUUAAAAGCUGGUCACCUUAAAAGCAGCAACUGAUCAGCUGUGCAAAGAAUAAGUUUGUAUAGAAAAUCUGGAGGUGCACUAAUAUGGGAAGAAAAUGCAGAAAGACAAACCAAACAAAGACACUUCUUCAAAACCCUGCAAAUUCAAAUGAACUAUGUAUAAAGAAUGCAGAACAUAUAACUAAUCGAUCCCCGAUUUCCAUAAAAGCGGAAGAUUCCACAGAUUUAUCUUAUCCGCAGACUGGGUUAUAUGAGGUGGUUAUGCUAGAGGCGAAUAAUCAAAUUAAGGAGGAGUUCGCCCUGGAGGAUCCGAGUGAGGAAGAGCGCAAUCCAGAAGACGAGGAGGAAAUAAGCUAUCAAUUGGCUGGUCCGCCAAAGCUGUGCUCAGUAUGCUGGAAAGGCUUUCCUAGCGAAGGGUUCUCCAAACACGUCUGCAUGGGAACCAACGCUGCCCAAGAAGAGGAUGAGAUAAGCUAUCACUUGGCGGGUCCACCAAAAAUGUGCUCUAAGUGCUUGGAGGCCUUUCCCAUCGAAGAGUUUUCAGCUCACACUUGCAGGGACAUCCAUGCCGAUCGAUUCUCCUGCAAAAUUUGUCCCCGAAAGUUUCGUUACAAGUCGUUGCUGGUCGUGCACUUAAAAAGCCACCUCAGACUGCAAAAAGGCGAAAGCAUACCAGAACUGGAGUCAGCGAAAGCCACAACUUCCAGGAACAAGCAUAACUUCGAGUUAAACUACUCACCUACUCCACGGUGGAAGAUAUCUCGACGGAGAGCAGGGAUGCUGAAGCGCAACGAAAUGCGCGUGCAUCAACAGCGCCUAUGCCUCUAUUGCCCCAUUGCCUUCUCCAACGAAUCCCAUCUGGAGAAGCACCUGAGGGAUCACCAUGCUGAGCGCUUCAAUUCAAGCGAAUUAAUAACCCCAGAUUUCGAGACUGAUGGUUCCAAACGGAUCUGUGUCAAGUUCGAGGAUGAAGAAACAAUAUAAUGCAAUAACUAUACAAUAACGUACCAGGUUUUAUCAGGGGGUAUCUGUAUUUUAAGCUGUAAUCAACAAUUUUUCAUUUCUUUUUAAUUUAAGCUAUAGACUGACAUAUCUGCUUAAAAUGUGAUUCCAAUUAAUCAACAAUGGUAAGGAAAUAUUAUUGUUAAAUACAUGUGGGGUUCACUGUGUUUGCUGUAUUUAAAAGUUUAAAAGCAACGAAAUGCGCUUAGCU